GAUCAACGAUCAUUUUUAUGCCGUGCGUCGCAGCGAAAAGUCGUGAUUUCGGAUGGUCUGCACAACGAAUAUUUUAUCGGAUGUUUCUAUUUCGGAGGUGUAUCGCAUACGGAUUGCCUCAUUGUGCUUGUACACUUGAAAAUUGCAGGCACGUUCCGACACAUAAAACGUUAAUGAGUAAACCCCCCCAAAUAGUGUGCUGCCCAACUAAAACUGAACAAUUAUAAAUUUCCUGUGUGCGAACGAACUUGGAUACGAACUGGUUGAAGAUCGUGCUUAGCCCCAUGGCAUCAGCGCAAACCAUUGGCAUUGCAUAAUCCCUUUGGAGAACACAAAAGUUGCAUGCAGCAACCGGCUUACGUAAGCCAAGCAAACAUUUUAGCCUGCACAGAACCAAGCAAAUAGUCAGAGACUAAACAGCUAGCCAGCAAGAUGAGCAAACUUCAGGUGAUAGUCCAACCCGUAAAGAAGGAGUUUGCACGCAAAAGCUGCGGCUUUGAUCAUGACACGCCCGAUGAUUUUGUCAAAUCGCAGUGGCAAACCUGCACCAAAAGCAUUACCUAUUUAUUCUAUCGCUGGUUCAUGGCGCUGUUUUUUGUGGGCGUGGUCAUCGAGUCCAUGUGGCCGUUGGCAGAUGAUGAGACCAGCUAUUGGCUGUACUUUAUCUACAUGACCAAUUGGGGCAUUUGGAUGUGUAUGCUGACAAAUUUAUUGGGUGCCAUACUGGUGACCAUUUGGCAUUAUCAUCCAGAAUAUGCGGAUAAACUUUUGAAUGUGAAGAGCAACUUCAGCUACUUUCGCUUGUACUGGGGCAUGCACAUUAUAACUCUGGUUUUAUCUAUUGUUAUAACCAUUAUCUAUUGGACUAUUCUCUAUGAUGCUAAUGAGAGCACUUUGGAUGCCACAAAUGUGCUCACUCAUGCCUUCAACUCGAUUUGCAUGUUCAUCGAUCUGUGGAUUGUGGCACAUCCGCUACGGCUGCUACAUAUAUUUCUGCCCGUACUAUUCGGCGUAACUUAUGCCAUAUUUUCAUACAUCUAUCAAGUGUGUGGCGGCAUUAACAAAAAAGGCAAACCCUAUAUCUAUCACGUAAUCGACUGGACCAAGCCACAGAGCUCCUUUAUCACAGUUCUCGGGAUUCUUAUACUCUCCUGCUGCGUCUACGUCCUGCUCUUUGCUUUCUUCAAGCUGCGAAUGUUCCUGCAUCGACGUUGCCAGCGGGCAAACUUUGUUUUGCCCACAACUGGCACCAAGAUAAAUGGAUCAUCGGAUGACAAACAAACAGGGAAUGGCAUACAGCACUCACCCUCCCGCAUAUCCAUGGUUCUGGGCAAUUUUGCUGGCUAUGAGAAUCAGGCCUAUGCGCCCAGUGUGGGCGAGCAGUCGAGUAAAAAAUAAAUUAAGAUACAAAUUUAUCUCAGCUUUAGUCGCUUUAGUCAAAUUCUGUAGAAUUCUAACCAGUGAUAUUAUGUUUUAUAGUUUAUAUUUUAAGUUGUAAGUAAAUAAAUAUUAAAAUUUGGAGGAUU